AUGCAAAGCCAACUUAUCUUUUUGCUAAGUGUAUUGAUAUAUGCGGUAGCGGUUAUGGGAGAUAUGGAGUUCACUGCCCCUAAAUCAGGUAAGACAUUUACGGCUAGUGGUGGAAAAGUGUCGGUAGAAAUCAAGUGGGAUGACGAUGGUUCAGAUUUGAACUUCAAAGAUAUCGAGAAAUAUAUCGUAUCGCUUUGUACGGGUCCUAACGACGAUAUCGAAUGUACCACUAUUGAGCAAGUGACUGACCUGACGAAAAAGUCGUACACGGCAUCGAUUGAUGCAUCCUCAUUUCCAAACGGGUACUACUACUUCCAAAUGUAUAAUACUUACGAUCUGGGAAUUUCUAUUUUGUAUACUGACAGAUUCCAGUUGAAAGGUAUGACAGGAGGCUCCAAGACUUUCGGAUCCACCAUGUCUUUAUCUGUGGCUCUUACUGCCACUGGUGAUGCCCCAGCUGCUACCACCGAAGGUGGUGAUACAUCAGUCAAUUCAGCUUCUUUCUCCAUCACAUAUACAAAACAGACCGGUAAGACUAGAUAUGCGCCAAUGCAAACACAACCAGGAUCGAAAAUUACCCAUACGUCUAUGACAAGAAGAUUUCCUACAAGUUCUUACUCCGCUUAUUCUACUUACAAAAAGUCCCCCAACGUGAUGACCACUCUUACUCCUGGAUGGGAUUACACUCCUGCCUCUAAACCUAAUGGGGCUACUGUAGCACCUUAUCCAAACACUGCCUACCCUGCCAGUGAAAGAAUUACAGCUAAGGCAUCUUUGACCACAGCCGCUAAGAAAAGAAGAUGGCUUGAUUAA